CGCUCACCGGAAGUGCAUCUUCUAAUCUGGAAACGUCAUUUAGUGAAACACAACAAACACGAUGGCGUCUACAGACGGAGAAAGAAACCACGAAACGGGCCAACUGGAGCUCUCUCUGGACGUCCCCUUCCCGUCCCCCCGUGAGGCUGCCAUCGCUCUGCGCUCUCUGUCUCCGGACCGCGAGCCGAGGAAAGGCGGCAUCAGCAAACAUCUGGCGGUGACCGGCAGCACGCUGUCUGUGAGGUGGCGCGCCGACGAAGCCCGAAUCCUCAGAGUGUCGGUGAACUCGUUCCUGGAUCACCUUACGCUCGUCAUGGAGACCAUGGAGAUGUUCGGCCCCCCCGCUGCCCAGUGAAGCUCCUCGCAGGAUUCAGGACGGUUGUUUGGUCCUCUGAAGCUCUUUGAGCUGCGAGAAGACGACCUCAAGCAAAGGGACCGCAGCUUCCAUUCCCCUCUAUGAAAGCAGAUGUUCUUCUUCCUUCAUGUUCCUGUCAGGGGGAACUGGGUCCACGUGCUCAUGAUGCCCUCCUGCGACCAGCAGAGGGAAUGUGGAAUAAAGACACCUCCUUUAGGCCUCACAGUUGGGGUUGAACCUUUGAGGAGGAAGUGAAGCUUUAACUCUUUACUCACUAAAUUCAGACAGUUUAACAGACGAUUUCUUGUUGAUGAUCAGUUCUUAUUCCUUCACUUAAACUGUUUAAUAAUAUUCGCUGGAAUGAAUAUGGAGAGUUAGAUGUUUACUUUGUCCUUCAAUAAAUAACAUACAAAAUACAAAAGUAUUUCACUGGGCAGUACUCCAAAAGUGCAAAGGUCACAGUUCUGUAUGAAAGACGUUAACCACAAGAAGGUUUAAUGAUGAGAGCCAAUAAGAUUUAAGUUGAUAUUA